AUGUCUGAAGAAAUAAUAACAUUUUCAUGUAAUGAAGUUAAAAUUGAACCUUUAGAAGACGAAGACGAAGUGUCAGACAAUGAUUUUGACAGUUCUUCUGUGAAAAAUGAAAUUGAUGAUGAUAAUAAUGAAGAGUCACCAAGUCCAGAAAAUGAUGAUGCUGGUCAAGAACAGGAAUCCCAAAUCCUACAGUUACAACAAUCAGUCGAUGCUCACUUUCUAGAAAAGCCUUACAAAUGUGACAUCUGCCACAAAUCAUUCACUCAAGUAGGUAACCUGAAUCAACACAAACUUCUGCAUACCGGAAUCAAAGCCUUCCAAUGUCCACAAUGCCCAAAAGCCUUUGUGCGCCAGAACAAGUUAACGGCACACCUCAGAACCCACACUAAAGAAAGACCUUACACCUGCCACAUUUGCAACAAAACCUUCACCCAGCAACCUUCUUUAAGCAGACACAUCCUCACCCAUUCAGGAGACCGUCCUUACGAAUGUGCAAUCUGCAAGAAGACCUUUGUCCACAAAACAGGCUUGAAAGUUCACAUGGUCACCCACACCGGGGAACGUCUCGUCAAAUGCAAGAUAUGCAACAUGGCUUUUGCCCAGUCCAGCAACAUGGCUCGACACAUGCGAUCCCACACAGGGGAACGCCCUUAUAAAUGUCCGAAAUGUGACAAAACUUUUGUGGAAUCGAGUCAUUUGAAAACACAUUUGAAUAUCCAUGCGGGUGAACGUCCUUAUAAAUGUGUUAUAUGCAGUCGAGCAUUCACACAGUCUAGUAAUUUAAAUAAACAUAUGAAAAUUCAUACAGGUGACAAACUUAAUAAGUGUACGAUAUGUGGUAAAGGAUUUACAAGGGCUUAUACUUUGAAAGUGCAUAUGAUCACCCAUACAAAAAAAAACCCUGUUAAGUGCGAGGUGUGUAAGAAGGCUUUUGUGAGAGCCGAUGGAUUGAAGAAACAUAUGAGUGUAUGUGGAAAAUGA